AUGUCAGAUACUAGACACCAACAGAAUUUAUCUAUAAACUCUAUCAAUUCAUUGAUAGAACCCACCACCCCACCUAGUUUUGGCAAGACGCUGAUCUGGGACAACGGGAGCGGCGGCAAGGGAACAGGAGCUGGGAGUGGCUACAAUGGACUCAACAGCAUGGGGGCUAAUGGGAUCCACAACUUGACCAGCGGCAAUGGAGUUGGAAAUGGAAUUGGCGGCCAGUUGGGAGGAAGCCUUUCGGGUCCUAGUGGCAGCCAAAUGGGCAGUCAGAUGGGCGGCAUGGUUGGCGGAGGUGCCGGGGCGGUUCUGGGAGCACACACGAACGGCCAUGGACCAGGAGAUCACAAAUUGGACAAGGAGUAUUUGUCGGGGCUCAAUAAGGUGCCAUUGGAUCAGUUGAGACCGGAGAUAUUGAAGUUGGCCAAGGACCAAUACGGAUGUAGAUUCCUCCAAAAGAAAAUUGAUGAGAAUGUGAUACCGAGUUCCCAGAUCCGGACGGAAAAUUUCAAGGUAAUCUUCAAGGAAGUCUACCCCUUUAUCUACGAGUUGAUAAUUGACCCCUUUGGUAACUACCUUGUACAGAAAUUGAUCGAUUACUGCGACGAUGCCAAUUUGAGCCUCAUUUUAGAAAUUUUGCAGUAUAACUUAUUUCAGAUCUCCAUAAAUCAGCACGGUACAAGAGCGUUGCAAAAGAUCAUCAAUAGCUUAAAUAAUGACUAUCAGUUGAGCUUAUUGAUUAGUGGCUUGAAUCCAUUUAUUAUCGAAUUGAUUAAGGACUUAAACGGUAACCAUGUUAUCCAAAAGAUCCUCAACAAAUAUUCUCCAGAGAAUUGCCAAUUUAUUUACGACUCGAUCAUUAACGACUUAUAUGUGGUUGCUACUCACAAGCAUGGAUGUUGUGUAUUGCAGAAGUGCUUGAACCACGUUAACAGUAUGCAAUUGGUCCAGUUCAGCCAGAAGAUCUUAAUGUUCGACACCUUCCGUAAAUUGACGAACGAUCAAUUUGGUAACUACGUUUUGCAAUACCUAAUUUCGAUCAACUCAAUCUCAAUUAACUUGAAGAUGUAUGAAAACUUUAUGAAGUUCGGUGUCAAUAACUUGUGUAAUUUAAAGUUUUCGUCCAAUGUGGUUGAGAAGUUCUUGAAGAACUGUUAUGUAAAUGAACCUAAUAGUCCGGCUUUCUCCAACUUGAAACUUGAAUUAUGCUUACAGGUUAUGCAAGGCGAUUUAAAUAAGAUGAUAAAUGAUCCAUUUGGUAAUUAUGUUAUUCAAACUUUGAUUGAUAUUUUAGUCAAUCCAUCCAUUAACUAUACCAAUCCUUUGAAUAAAAACUUGUUGGUUUUAUUGCCUUUAAACUUUAACAUCUCAAAUCUAACCAAUCCACAAAUUCAGAUUGCCAUUAUCAAGAAUUGGUUUGUUAACUGUAAGAUUGUUUCAAGUUUUGGCAAAAGAAUCCAGCUGAAAAUCAAUUCGAUUUUGAAUGGUACUACUAACAAUAGUAAUGGUUCCACUAAUGCCACUAACCACCACUCGGCUAAUUUUAAAAACUAUAAUUUCCACGCGUUGAAUAUGAAUGCCAAUGGUGAAUUUGUUAACUCAGAAUUUCCUCCCCAUUUAUCACAACAACCUCAUAAGAUGCACCAAAGAAAUUUGUCAAUUCCUUUACAAAGUGCACCAUUUACUCCAUUACAGCCAAUGUCGGCCAAUAAUUACGCUUUAGGAAACGCUACAAAUGGUGGUGUCGUUACCCCAGGGAACAUAGAACAUCCAUCUAAUUUACUAAAGCCUAAUAUGUCUGGUUACACGUCUUUGUCGAAUUUGAAUAUUCCCCAUAUGAAUAAUCAUAUUUCCAACAAUCCACUGGCUAACGAUUUUACGAUUCAAAAUUCCUAUUUUAACGGAAACCCUGCUAAUAACAACCAAAUGAGUCCUCAAUUUGUACUUUCUCCAAAUAUAAAAUAUUACCAAAAUUAA